CACACGAGGGAUCAGGCGACGGGAUGACAAACCAGGGUAACCCCAGUCGAUUUGCCGACUACUUCGUGGUCUGUGGGCUGGACGUGGGGUCGGGAUUGGAGCCGGAUACACUAUCAGGUGACAAUUUACAGUGUCCUCCCCUUGACCGACCAUUCAAGUCUAAAGUGUUACUACACUUUCCUCAGUCAGUGCCAUGGAGUCCCUUCGACAAAGAUGCCGUGGGCAUGCUCAGCUUGCCAAAAGGAUUAAUAUUUCGAACACAAAAAGAUUCACAUCGACCUAAGUUUCAUUCCUUUAUCAUCACAAAAGAAGAUGGAAGCCGUAACUUUGGGUCAGCCUUUACCUUCUACGAGGAGGUUAAUGACAGGAAAAUUAGUGCUGCUAUGCAGACGCUGCAGCACAUGUACCAGGCGGAAGUGGCCAGUUGUUCCAUGGAUAGUGGACGCUCCUCACGGGACACUAGUCCUCGACCCGGACACCACCAGCGACAAACCAGUCCAAGGGACAGUGCCCGCAUUUAUGACCCACAGAAGGACAAACUUUUUGUGACGAAGACAAUCUGUCUGAUCACUCAGAUGCCAUUUGUGAGAGCAUCUCGACAGUUCCUGCGACAGUUGUAUGAAGCUGUGUCAAAGCCAUCAGAAACACACUUGCCUUUGGAGAGCUACAUCUAUAACAUUCUGUACGAGGUUCCAUUACCUCCUCCUGGUCGCAGCCUCAAAUUCUAUGGUGUAGAGAUGCCUAUCUUCUGUCAGAGGCCAAUGGAUUGGCGAGAGGUGAAAGGUGUGAGUGAGCUACCCUUAUUUGAUUUCUCCCUCUGGGACUUGUUCCGAUCCCUAGAAGUGAGGGACAUCAUCCAACUCUUCACCAGUGUCUUACUCGAACACCAGAUCCUUAUCUAUGCAUCCGAUUACCAGAGACUGAUGUUGGUGGCAGAGUGUAUGAACACGCUGGUUUUCCCAUUUGCAUGGCAGCACGUUUAUGUGCCAAUCUUGCCAGCGUCUCUGACACACUUCCUGGAUGCUCCGGUUCCAUUCAUUAUGGGACUUCACCAUGGCCGUGAGAACCGUUCUGAGUUAGAACUUCCAAGUGAGGCUAACAUGUGUUUUGUGGACUUGGAUGAGAAGACUGUUGAUGUGCCAGAAGAGCUGCCAAGGUUUCCCCACCUCCAGGAGUUGACCGAAGAGCUCAUCAAUGUGUGUAGUAUCCAUCGGACACGACUAUACCGGGAAAAGGUGGAGACUGCUAAGACCGACCCUGCAGUAAAUCCUAAACAGGCCAGUCCCCGUCGCAGUCUCAGUAAGGAGGAUGCACUAAAAACUAACAAAAUGGAGAUUCUUCAGCAGAGUGAAGCCUUUGCUAAGAUAUCUGCACUUGCUAAGAAAACAGGGGUGUGGUCGUCUAUUGAAGAGUUCUCGGACAUGCCGAGCAAGGACAGUAAGGAGGCAGGAUCACGUGACCCAUCGUCCAUGAGUGUGAAGGAAAUAGAGGACCUUAAGUUCAACAAUACGGUGCGUGAGAUUUUCCUAAACCAUUUCCUACACCUGUUCAGUUCGUACGAGACAUUUGUGAUUCAACCUAACCAGGACAUGGAUGCCUGGUUAAAUAACCGAGAGUCGAUGCAGAACUUUGACAAGGCAGCAUUCCUUAGUGACCAGCCAGAGGGCUAUCUCCCAUUUUUAUCAUCCUUUACAGAGACGCAGAUGUUUACAACGAUGGUAGACAAUAAAAUUCUAAGUCAAUGGGAAGACCAAGAACCACAGCUGCGAGUGUUUGAUUCCAGGCUUAAGAUACUGAAGGAAAUCUUAGGAGAAAAUAUCACCCACACCUACUCACAAUGUACAACUCUAGUAGAUACAGAGACAAUGCUACAAAAGCGUGUGAUCUACAUAGACCAUGUGUCCCCUAAGCCACACAGCCUGGAGGACCAGGAGAACACUGCACCCCAGGAGCCGGGCAUCUUCCCCAAACUAGAUGCAGAGAUUCUCAACAAGGAACCUACAGCUGUGAAAGGGAAAUCUAGGGAAGGAGCCAAGUGGAGACGGAAGGACCGUCUGAUGCAGCACUCUGAACACAUCAAGCUGAACUCGGACCAGCGUGAGGCUCUAGCACAGAGGCAUGCCAAAAUGUGGCUCAAAUACAUGCAGGAGGCGAGGACUAAAGGUCUGCGUCAACCUAAGCUUUCUGACAUGUCCGCAGCGAGUAUGGCCCAGACCAACUGGAAGUUUGUGGAGACACUCUUACAGGAGUGUAAGUCUAAGACAAAGCGUAUGUUGGUGGAUAAGAUGGGCCAUGAGGCAGUGGAACUUGGACACGGUAACAUCACAGGAGUGGAGGAAAACACCCUCAUAGCCAGCCUGUGUGAUCUACUGGAGAGGAUCUGGGGACAUGGUAUACAGUUUAAAAAGGGAAAGUCGGCACUGUGGUCCCAUUUAAAGAGUUUCCAGGAGUUAGAGGAGUGUAACCAAGGCAACAAGUUCCUCGACACUAACCUGCUAUCACCAGGGGAGGUAACUCAUCCUACCCCCAAUGACAACUGGUUGGAGUGGGAACAAAGUCGGUGUAUAGAAGAACGGCCGGAGUUGGCCAUGAACAAGGCGGACUUGUCGUCUGUAGUUGAUGUGUAUCUAUCGAUCUGUAAUAUGUCGGGGAUGUCAAUAACAGAUGGGACCCGCUCACUGGAACGUAAAACUCACCGUCGUAAAGGUAGCACUGGGAGAAUAGAGUUACCUACCUUGAACCCGCUUCCCUCAUCAAUAACAUUUGAUUUAAGGAAGGUACAACAGAUGACAGAGAUCCGGACUGAUGUGGGAUAUGCACGAGCCUGGAUCAGACUUGCACUGGAGAAAAAGGUUCUGUCUGCCCAUCUCAAGAUCCUACUAAGCAACAUAGAGCUUCUCAGGAGCCUAUACAAGCGGUAUGCCUUCCUGAGGUGUGAGGACGAGAGAGAACAGUUCCUUUACCACCUCCUAUCUCUCAAUGCUGUUGAUUACUCGUGCUUCACGAACAGCUUCACCAACACAAUGGUCCCCUACAAAAUUCUAAUCUACCCUUGUCCCAAAUUUGGAUGUUCUACAACGAGUGCUAACCCCUGGAUCAACCUGGCAGGCCAGGCUGGAGAGACGGGGGUCACAGAGAUUCCUAAGGGUCUCCUAGAGUUCAACCUCGAGCAUAAAAAUCUAGGUGUGUUGACCACACUACGGAUUGGUCAUGACAACAGUGGUAUGACACCUCGAUGGCUAGUCGACUACGUACUGGUACGCAACGAUCUCACAGGGCACGUGUACAAGUUUAACUGUGGUCGAUGGCUAGGAAAGGGUGUCGAUGAUGGGAGUACAGAGCGCCUCCUAGUGGCAGAAAUUAUCCCUAAAACAUCAGACAUGGACGGACUGGACCUAGCUGUGCUGGCAUCCUCAUCCCCGAGGAGUAUGUCACCUAAUUCACCCAAGAAAUCCUCAGAUCAGAAUUUGAAAAUUCCAAUGAUACAAGAAAUGCUGGGCCAUGCUAUCAACAAUCUAGUCAAACAUUAUUACAAGCCUGAGAAGGAGCGUGGCAGCCUGACUUUCCUGCUAUGUGGGGACCGGGGAUUGGUACACUGUAUGGAGCUGGUUUUCCAGAGUGGUUUCCGAUCCUCACGACUCUUUAGGAACAAGUUCUUCAUCUGGGAUUAUCUAGAGAAGGUGAAGGGCCACUUUGAGUGUGUAUUAAGUGGAGAAGUGAGACGCCCAAUGUCAGAGGGAGCCAAAGCUGGCUACUGGCUCUUCUGUAACAUCCUUAGUAAGAUCAACAGUGCUGCAGAGACUGUGGGCAAGGAUGGAAAGUUCCAGAUCUUUGUUUGUGUGGGCAUCAGGGACCAUGUGAUACAGAAAAUGCUUCCUCUGAUUGCCAACACACCAGUGACAGCCACUAUGUUUGAAGAACACUCAUUCUUCCGUGAUCCUAGCCUGACCAACUACCUCGUACACAUCCUGGGCACGCUGGACGAGUUCCACAUUGUACUGGAGGCGUCACUUUUACGUGGAUUAAACAUUUAACACUGGAGACACCAUCCUUACAUGGACUGGUUAAACCUUACAUGGACUGGUUUAACCUUACAUGGACUGGUUAAACUUUACAUGGACUGGUUUAACCUUACAUGGACUGGUUUAACCUUACAUGGACUGGUUUAAACUGGAGUAAGUCAACAAGAAGAUUGUAUAGUCAUCACUAAGAAACAUGGUCCAAACUUUAAAGGAUUAUCAACUUAGGGUUUGAUCUAUUCUAGUCCAACUUUCUUAAAUGAAAUCUAAGUGGAAGUGAUUAGGUAGCCAUACAGCAGAUAUUUACUACAGUUAUACUACAGAGCCUUCAACCACUACAGCUAUACUACAGAGCCUUAAAUCACUACAGCUAUACUACAGCUAUACUACAGAGCCUUCAACCACUACAGCUAUACUACAGAGCCUUAAACCACUACAGCUAUACUACAGCUAUACUACAGAGCCUUAAACCACUACAGCUAUACUACAGAGCAUUCAAUCACUACAGAUAUACUACAGCUAUACUACAGAGCCUUCAAUCACUACAGCUAUACUACAGAGCCUUCA